AUGAAAGGCCAUUUUUCCAAGAUCUCGUCUUUACUCGUUUCUCUUUUGGCCUUCAUCACCCUUCUUCACUCCACCACCGCCGCCGCCACCACUGCUGCCGCCCGCCAACACCGCUACCAACGCCUCAAAGACAAGAUCGUGAGCUUGCCUGGACAGCCCGCAAAUGUCAGCUUUCAUCAGUAUUCAGGUUAUAUCACAGUGGAUAAGAAGCAGGGACGAGCUCUUUUCUACUGGUUGAUUGAGGUUCCAACCAAUAACGGCCCUGCAUCGUCUAAACCUCUUGUACUUUGGCUCAACGGUGGGCCAGGGUGUUCCUCCAUAGCCUAUGGGGCGUUCGAGGAAGUGGGACCCUUUCGGGUGGGUCCCGAUGGAAAAACUCUUUCCAUAAGUCCAUAUGCUUGGAACAAAGAGGCCAAUCUUCUUUUCAUCGAUUCUCCGGCUGGAGUUGGUUUUUCGUACACGAACACUUCCUUCGACCAAAUCACCGGCGAUCAAAGAACAGCCAAAGAUGCGUAUGCGUUUCUUGUCAAUUGGCUUCUCAGAUUUCCUCAAUAUAAGCAUAGGCCGAUUUACAUUGCCGGCGAAAGUUAUGCAGGUCACUACGUUCCGCAGCUAUCUCAAAUCAUAGUCCGGUUAAACAAAGGUGUCAAGAAUCCUGAAAUCAACUUCAAAGGUUUCUUGGUGGGAAACCCGUUACUGGACGAUUACCACGACAACAUCGGGACAUUCGAGUUCUGGUGGAACCACGGGUUAAUAUCGGACACCACGUAUCAGAUAUUAAACGAGACCUGCCCGUACGACUCUUUCUUGUUUCCGAGUGGAGAUUGUUACAGAUAUUUGCUACAAGCGUACUCUGAAUUUGGUGACAUCAAUUUCUACGGCAUUUACGACCCUCCUUGUCAUGAAUUAGGCACCCGGCUACCUCACCCAUGGAUGUUCAGAGGGAGCGACAAUUGCAUUAUAAAGCACACGAAAAUAUACAUGAAUCGGCCCGAUGUACAAAAGGCUUUUCAUGCGAACGUUACGCGAUUGCCUUAUCCAUGGAUCACUUGCAGUGAUAUCGUUAGGGGAAGUUGGACGGAUUCGCCCACCACGAUGCUUCCAAUUUUCAAGGAACUCAUCAAGGCCGGUAUUCGGAUAUGGGUAUUUAGUGGUGACACAGAUGCUGUACUGCCAUUGACGGGCACCCGUUACUCCAUCAAAGCUUUGAACUUGAAAACCCUAAUUGACUGGCAUGCCUGGUACGACAAGGAUAAGGUUGGUGGAUGGAGCCAAGUAUACGAGGGGAUGACGUAUCUGACAGUGAAGGGGGCAGGUCAUGAAGUUCCAAUGGAUCGCCCAAGGCUUGCUCUUACACUCUUUGCUCAUUUCUUGAAAAACAUCACCUUACCAUCUUCUGCUCAUAAUUAG